CCGGGUUGGUUGUCCGGCGGCCCCUGGCGGGCCGGGAGAGGAGAAGCGAAACUUUCUGCGCGCUUCCCACCGCGGUCCCCGGGCCGUCGGCGGCGCGGGGAGGUGUUGUCGUCUCGGGCGGCGGCGACCGACGCCAUGUUGGGGUCUAUGAGAAACGGGGCGCUCCCGGGCCGCUCCCCUCCCGCUGGGGGAGCCGCGCCCGCCCGCCGGGCUUGAGGGCAGCCGGCAGGGCCGCGCCGGUGCUCGUCCAGUCCGCGGGGCCGCGGGGAGGGGGCCGGGCAGACGCGCGAAGGGGUCCCCGAGGUAGGGCGAGAAGUGAGGCGUGAGGACUGGGGUCCAGUCGUGGCCACCGGCGUCUUAGGGUGCCAACAUCUUUCUAUCCAAAAAGUUUGCAGGGUGUGGGCAUCAGGGAUGUUGUAACUUGAACAACAUAUUUUUAUGUGAUUUCGGGCAAAAAAUGGCACCGCAGAAUUUGCUCUGAUAGAAGCGCUGGCUCUAACGCCUUACUUAUUUGGAGCCUUUUAAAGUCGUAUGGUCUUUUGACGAAUUUAGUUUUUCUUUAAAAUUUUUAUUGAAGGCCGGGAGCUUGCUGUUCAUGUGUCUUGAAUACCCCUGCGCGCUCUUAGUACAUUGUAGCAGUUAACUUGCUAUUAGCAAAAGAUGGUGGAUCGCUUGGCAAACAGUGAAGCAAAUACUAGACGUAUAAAUAUAGUAGAAAACUGUUUUGGAGCAGCUGGCCAACCCUUAACUAUACCUGGACGGGUUCUUAUUGGAGAAGGAGUAUUGACUAAGUUGUGCAGAAAAAAGCCUAAAGCAAGGCAGUUUUUCUUAUUUAAUGAUAUUCUUGUAUAUGGCAAUAUUGUCAUCCAGAAGAAAAAAUAUAACAAACAACAUAUUAUUCCCCUGGAAAAUGUCACAAUUGAUUCUAUCAAAGAUGAGGGAGACUUGAGGAAUGGAUGGCUGAUCAAGACGCCAACUAAAUCGUUUGCAGUUUAUGCUGCCACUGCCACUGAGAAAUCGGAAUGGAUGAAUCACAUAAAUAAAUGUGUUACUGAUUUGCUCUCCAAAAGUGGGAAGACACCCAGUAAUGAACAUGCUGCUGUCUGGGUUCCUGACUCUGAGGCAACUGUGUGUAUGCGCUGUCAGAGAGCAAAAUUCACACCUGUUAAUCGUCGUCACCACUGCCGCAAAUGUGGUUUUGUUGUCUGUGGGCCCUGCUCUGAAAAGAGAUUUCUUCUUCCCAGCCAGUCCUCUAAGCCUGUGAGGAUUUGUGACUUCUGCUAUGACCUGCUUUCUACUGGGGACAUGGCCACGUGCCAGCCUACUAGAUCGGACUCUUACAGUCAGUCAUUGAAAUCUCCUUUAAAUGAUGUAUCUGACGAUGAUGACGAUGAUGAUAGCAGUGACUAAAGGCAUAUUUUGAAAUAUUUAAUCGGAUGUGACUAUCUGAGAAAUCAGCUCUGGGGGGAAUGUAAAAUCCUGAGCUUUCUGUCAGUUUUGCUCUAGCCAUGAAUUUGCCUGAGAAACUUAUAACCUAUGUGCCUCAAUAUAUUCUAUAGAAAAUAGGUCCUGUUACCAUCCCCCAACCCCAACUGCUGCUGCCACUCUCCUCACCUCCCCCAGCUCCCUGUUCUUCUACAGGGAUAGACUGUUGCGAAUAUAUCAGAUAAAGUUUUGGUUUCUUAUUCUUGUUUUAAUUCUAGACUAUUUUCUUGAAUGGUUGGGAAAAGAUGUUUAUUUAACAUAUGUACUACACUGUUGUUUAUUAUAUGUUCUGUUAUAUGGAAAAACUAAAAGCAAAGAAUGAUGGAAAAAGGAGUAUGAUGUGGUCAGUUAAUAAUGUUAUUCGCUUUUUUCUAACCAUCCUAUCUAAAGGUUAAGACACCAGUAACAGAAAUACAUGCUUUGGAAAUACUUUGUUUGGCUUUUUCGUAUACCAGGUGGUGCCUUAUCAUAAUAGCACUGUUGCAUGUAAUAAGCCCCUUCUCACUUUUUAGUUUGUUUUAAAAAUACACUGGUGCUCUUUGAGGUGUAAAAUGAAUGUUAUAAAUGGGUGUAAUUAGAAAAUACUUCUCAUUUGACAGCUACAAAUAACUAAAUUUAGAGGUUCUUUAUUCUAUAUGAAUAAAUAUUUUUCCAUAAAAUAGUUGUGAUUACUGUAUAUUUUUACUUUUUGUAGGUACCAAAUUAUUGUCAUUCUGAGGAAUUUGGUUUGACAUUUAUCAAAUACAAACUGUCAUUGCAUUAUUGCUACUUUUAGUAAGACAUAUUUUUAGGUAUAAAUUCAUCUGCUUUAACAUUGUUUCUAGAAUGAAAAAUCUUAUACAACUUCUUGAAAUUAAACAGUCUCUUUAAAAAAAUCUCAUGCUAGAGCACAGAUCUACUUAGGUUGAAGAUUUGGAAGAAAUAAUAUAUGAGAAUGGUCAAGAGAGACCAGUUAAGUUUGACUAGACUUCAUAUCUGUGGAAGUAUUUUCUAUUUCAGUGUGAAACUAUCUUGAAUUUACAAAUAUAGUGUUAUAUUUUAUAAAGUUUUGUAAAGUCCCAAACAAUAUUUCUAUUUUUGUAAAACAGUUGUAUGUUUAAUCUGUUUCUGAAAUCAUUUUGCAAUCUAUGGAAAUAGAGUAGCAAUUGAUCUUUCUAAAUUGCGAACUUUAUUGAGUCAGUCUAGACUGCUUUUAAGAAGAGGUAAUUUUUCACUCUUUGCUUUUGAGGCAGCCAUUAGGUUGAAAGAAUAUUUAUCAUAUAAAACUUGAUGCAUUUUGCACUACUCUCCAUUUGUAUGCUGCAAAUAACUGUAGUCUUUCAAAUAUGAAAAAUCAGUCUGAAGUUUGUUUUAAAUUCUAAAUUCUUUUGUUUUAAAAUCUUUAAAUCUGGAUAUUGCAAAUGUCAUGAGAGGUUUGAUUUAAUAACUUGUGAUGGAGGAUUCUUUGGUUUGGUUAAGGCACUAGCUUUACUUUUAAAUUGUGCAAGCACCUGAGAUACAUAGAUCUCCCUGUAGGAAAUGUGAAAGAAAGGCACAACAGGUUUUUUUUUGUUGUUUUAAUAUCAUAUGGACUUUUGUUUCUAAGCAAUAUUUACAUAUAAUCAAUAAACAUAUCCAAAAAGGACCAUGAAAUCUGAGAAGUGCUAAUGGAGACUUGCUCGUACAUAGGAACCUAGCAAAUUCAGGAGCCAAGGGGAAAUGUUCUGAGAUGACAUUUAUGUUGUCAACCUCUAUUGACUCUGUUUUUACAAUAAAAAAUAUUUUACAACUUACCUUCUGUGCAUAUUGUGACUUGAAGAUUUUUUACCCCUUGCUAAGGUUAAUGGAGAUGUUAUGCAUAUUUUACCUCAUUUCAACAGCUGUGAGUGCCUUCUAUGUGCCAGGCAUUGUUCUGGGCACUAGGAGUAGAGCAGUGAACAGAGAUUGCCUCUUUUUCAUGGAGUUUACCUGCAAAUAGAGUCCAAGCUGUGUUUUCUUCCAGAAUUUUUUCUGUAAUUUUUAAAGCUUUUAUAAAUCUUAUAUAUGAACCUGA